AUUGCAGUCAAAGAAAAAAAAAUUUACUGUGAGCGAAUCAGAGGGAGCGAAUCGUCAUUUUGAUUUUUUCUUCGGCGGACGGCGGAACCUAUAAGUCAGCGGUUGGUAUUAUAUGCAAAUCAAUUACGGUGCAGCGCACUGUCGGUUGUUUUGUUUUGAUUUUUGAAACUUGUUGCAGAUUUCUGUAUCCAGGCAAUCUCUGGCCAAUUUCCUGGCAAAGAGUAUUGUUUUAUCAUUGUAUUGAACUGUUUAAAAACUUGAAUUUCAUCAAGGCAAUGUCCCAAGAUCGUGUCCACCUCAAGCUGGAUGCCUCAGCAUGUGCAUCUGUCGAUAAAUAUCUUGAAUAUCGAAGGUUAGAUAAAUUAAUAGAUCUGUUAUUCUGUUUUAGUACUUUUAGAUGAAUUUACAAUUUUGUACUGUGCAAAUUUAAUAAUUGAAACUUGAAAAUAUUACACUAGCUGUUUAUAAAGGAAACGUUAUCCGUCUGGACUCUGGACGAACACCGUGUCUUCUGUAGUUUGUGUUCAUGGGUUGACUGACUAGUGAUCGACUGUAAGUCACUAGAUAGUACGGUACCCAGGGUGUUUCUGGCCUACAAUGAAUUUUAAAAAUUGGACCAAGAACCAAUUUUGUUAAUAUUAUACCUCUCAUUAAGCUUGUCCAAUCUGAGAACUAAAAAGGUUUGUCAACAUGACCAUGGUAUUUUUGAGCGAAUACCAUUGAAUGAAGUGAAUGCUUGUAUUACAAACCCUAAAAACAGCAUUCUAAUAUUAAUUCCACCAAGUGAAGUGCAAUAAUCCAGAUCAUUGAAGUCCACCUUAUCACAGCCCGCACACCCGAUCACCUAUAUAUACACAGCAAUAAUCGGUGUGUCUCAAAUGUGAAAUUUUUUAGCAAGGCAUUCAUGAGCGAUAAUGAGUGUGAUGAUACACCGUGAUAAUCGGUGUGUCUGAAACGUGACAUUUUCAACCAAAUGCCACAGGUACUGGGCCAUACAUUUGUAAUAGGCCAUGAUUUUGUCUGACCUGAUUUUGGCAGUAUUAUGGCUCGAUCAACACAAUCAAGGCCAUGCAAUCACGUUUACACAGACAAGUAAAAUAAAAAUAUAUCAUUUAUAAGGUUCAGUAUAAUAUAUCAUUUAUAAGGUUUCGGUAUAAUAUAUCGGGGUAAUUUCUGCCAAAAAAUUACCCUGAGAGAUGAAAUAUAGGACUGGUCUAUAACUCAUGAUAAUAGUUAUGCCAGUCUGCUAUUUGCUAAUAGUUAUGCCAGUCUGCUAUUAUGCCAGUCUGCUAUAUUGAUUAACUAUUGGACAUACAGUAGGUACAAUACUCAACCUGACUUGAGUGAAAUUCCCAUUUACUGAGCUAAUCUUAAUUGAGUUAUCAGGGUUAAUCCAUGCACAGAAGUCGGUGGUUUUCUGCCAGUUGUACAACAAUCUUGCGCCACUUGUUUUGAAGAAUAUAUAUUUCAAGGAAUGUUAGAUCUAGUCCACAAGAUCUCCUCAACUCCUCGGUUUCUCUUGUUGCGCCCCAUAUGUGCCAGUCAUAUUGAAAUUCUUCAACAUGGCACUAGCAAAUUAAAGUAUUCUGAUGACAUUUUAGGGGAAACAAAUGCAGUUAAUUCUGCUAUUAUAAGUUUAGAUCAAGGAUCAAUCUGAACGUACAGAGAUGUCAGAAUCAGAUGAUCAUUGUUUAAUUAAAUUGUGUUGCAUGAAAAUGAAUUAAAAAGUGAAAUUGAAUGAAGUCAUGUUUUCAUUUGGGUUGUGAACAGCCUUCAGGCAUAUACUCAUAUUUUAAUUUCUUUAAAGCUAUUUAAAUUGUUAUAAGUACUUGGCUCUUGACUCCUCAGUUAUUGACUCUUCAGUUGUUGGGGCCCUUAUAUAGAGUAUGGGCCCACUACUGUGUCACACUCCUAUUAAUGUCAAACACAGAUCUGCUGCAGGGGCGAAACUUGAGGGGGUAUGGGGGGUGGACCCCCCCCCCCAAGUACGAAUUAUCUGGAUUGGCGGGGCGAAUCAUCUGGAUUGGCAGGGCAAUCAAAAAUUUUAAAUGAUAGAAUGUAGAGUUAUUAAGUAACUUACAAAAAACAUUUUUCACCUCCCCCCGCUCAGCAACAUGUUUGGGAAAAAUAGUGGCCAUAAAACAAAUUUGCUGCUAUGUUAAUUUAGCUAUUUACAACCUUUUGCAAUAUUUGUUACAGUACCAGUGACAUAAUAAGAUAAUUAAUUAUUGUUUUGUGCUUUUAAUUUAACACAUGACAAGCUCACAGUAUAAUAUAUUGAUAAGAUGCUUGUGAUGUUACUCUGAGUGUAUAUCCACACCGGGCAAGCUUGAAAAUAUGCCUGACCACGGUGGGAAUCGAACCUACGACCUUUGGAAUACUAGCCCAAUGCUUGCCAACUGAGCUACGCGGUCUGGACGGUUCGAGUGUGUGAUAUUUCGGAACAGAAGCUAGUUCCUUCAAUAUCAAUGUAAUCUAAUAAUCAGUAAUGAUUUCUUUAAAGGAUUCAAAGGAACUAGUUUCUGUUCCAAAAUAUCACAUACUCGAACCGAUCUGACCGCGUAGCUCAGUUGGCAGAGCAUUGGGCUAGUAUUCCAAAGGUCGUAGGUUCGAUUCCCACCGUGGUCAGGCAUAUUUUUCAAGCUUGCCCGGUGUGGACAUACACCACACUCAGAGUAACAUCACAAAUACUGAACUGGAUAGGAAACUUCUGACGUCACUGGCCGCGACUUUGUUGAAAAACGUGACGUCACGCGUAUUGCGAACAUUACCAUUUACCAAAGUUCUCGGCAUUUUUGUUGUUUUGCUAUAUUUUCCAAUUUAAAAGGGUGAUAUUGAAGUAUAAACUGGUCUAAUUGUCUAAAACAUGCCUAAGCCACGACAAAGUAUUCAAGGUAAAUGUUUUUCGUCUUUGUUUUGUAUUUUUUGUUUUACAUUUGUAGCUACGAAAUUGGCGUCACAAAUUUUAACGAAAUUUGUGAUGUAUUUCACUGUUUAGUGCUUCAAAUAUUUACUAAAAUUGACUGGGAAUACUUAGAAUUUUCAUCGUAGAAUGGCGUGGUUAUAUUUAUUUGCUCUUUGACUAAAUUGUUUAGCUGUAUCAUUGCUAAACAUGCCGUUUUUGAGAAUUUGGUUUUCAACUAGGUUGGGACAUCCAACCACGCCAUCAGCCCAUUGAAAACAUUAGGUCACGUCAGCUAGUUUCCUUUCCAUUUAUUUUAUUAUCCAUGCAAGCAUCAUAUUCACCUGAGUACAUUACACAAACACAGAAAAAUCAAUAUUGAUAAGUAUUAUGCACCUAUCAAUGUUAGGCGGGCGGGGAUUUGACACUCAAACAAAAUUUUGUGUCAAAUUCCCUACCCCAGGGAUUCAAGUGCUGGUCAAAUCGAUCGUACCCAGGGGCAAUUAAAACUGUUUCAAAGAGAUUUCUCAAACUGAAUAAUUCAUAAAGGAAGUAUAUUAAGUCUGUUUUUUGAAAUCAUAGGAAGAUUACAGACAUUUUUUGCCAAAAUUUAUUCUAGAUUUUCUUUUGAAGUAUGGAUUUGUUUGAGAAGGCAUAUCCAACAAUUGCAAAUGUUUUUCCUAUGAUUUCUAAAUAUGGACAAUUGCCUCAUAUAUUCAACCUGCUUGUCCGUAUAUCGGAGGGAAAACACUUGUUCAUGUUGCAUAUAUUACGUAAAACAUAAAGACAAUUUAAUUUUUGAAAUAAUUUAAACAAAGUGGUUAAUAUCAUAAUAUCCACAUCUUGACAACUAAAUGUUCGUAUUCUAUUAUUUAUAUUGCUUUACUGUCGAUGCAAUGGAAAUGUUGAUAAAGUAUUGCAUGAAUUCAUUUCCUCAAGUUGAUCAAUUCAUUUGAUAGAAAAUUGAUCAACUUCCUGUUACUUUUAGAUGAGCAAAUUAGAUUUCGUUUCAGAACCGAUUGACCAAUAGGAAACGCACAGGAAGUAAAAAGAAAUUUGAAUUAGUAUGAAUUGAUCAACUUGAGGAAUUGAAUUCAUGCAAUAUUUUGUCAACACUUCCAUUGCAUCGACAGUAAGAGAAGUGCAAUACAAGACCAAAAAAGUUUCGUUUGUGAUGAAUAUUAAAAAGAGAAAAAUCAACAGUUUAUAUCAGUUUCAGUAGUCCCCGCCAUUUUCCAGAACUGACGACACGUGAUUUGGUGGCAACAUUUAUCUCAGAUGUUCCGGAGAUCCCACUGCGUCCCUGCUCAUUAUAUAUGCAAAUGACAACAAUUUUUAAAAUUUGUCAAAUACCCCUGCCCCCGGGACUGUACUGAUUGUCAAAUUCCCCACUCACGGGAUAUACUUUCCCAUCAAAUCCCGCCCCCUUGCCCCGCCUCCCCCCCGCCGACCUAACAUUGAUAGGUGCAUUACACCAAGCAUGCACGUUUUCAUCUUUGUAGUAGUAGUCUUCUAGAACUGUGUAAUUUCCUAUGCAAAACAACCUAGCUAUCCUGAACAGUGAUCCUGAAACAGACAAGCCUGCAAUCUGGAUAUUAAUUAAAAUUAACACUUCCCUUAUUGAAAGUCAUAUCAAAUUUAUUCAGAAAAAAGUUCAUUGCAAGUUGCAGGGAAAAUUGCCUCCAUACAUGCGAUGUUUAUUAUGUACUAUUUAAAGCACGCUUAGGAGUGUUUUAUCACAUAUAAAACACGACGCGUAGCGGAGUGUUUUAUAUGUGAUAAAACACAACUACAAGUGCUUUAAAUAGCUUCAAAAACGACUCAUCUUGUACGAGGUCAUUGGCGAAGUAAUUUUUAAAAUAAACUUUGUCUAAACCGAGAAAAUCAAAGCUAAAGUUCAUGUAAAUUAACGUGAUUUUUUAUCAUACCACAUAUAAAACCACGACACGCUUAUGAUUUUUCUUUGUGUUCUGCUCCUGAAUUAUUAAUGAGUUUUUGAACGUUAUAUCAGCAAUAUGUUGGGGCAUUAUUAAUUUGAUUUGAUAUUAUAUAUUUAUAUUUCAUAUAGUUAAUGGAAUUAAUACAGUAUUAAUGACUUAAUUAGUUGGCUUUAUUUCAUAUUCGACGUAGACCAAUUUGAAAAAUGGUUGUCAUUUUUUUCUUCUUAGGGAAGCCUCACAUAUCGAUUUUGUCCACGAGAAACGUCAUAUGUUCGUUUGGGGGUGGGGCGGGUUUGCAGCUGUGACGUUUCGCUGCAAAACAUCAUGGAAAAGAAAGCCUUAACAUUUCGGAAUCAUCUAUGCAGAAUAUAAAAAAAGAAAACAACUUGAUGCAAACACCAGUCUAUACAUUCGUAAUACCAUACCUGUUCUAUACAUUUAUAUUAUUACGCCUUCCAUACCUUGCAUUGAAAACGCUCAAAUUUCAAGAAAAAUGCGUGCGGCCUGGGAUCUCGAAGACGAAGACCAGUCAAAUUCAAUAGUAGAAAAUUACCUUAUGUGUACUACUUAUAUUAAAGAACAAAAUAUCGAUAGCUAUGUGCGACGUUUUUAAGGGGGAGACCUGGGGGGUCUAUAUACAGAGAAACGAACAUAUGACGUUUCUCGUGUGAGGCUUCCCUUAUGAAAUCAAUUUCAAUCAAUGAAUCAGGUAAUCACUGCUGCCUUAUAGAGUACUUCAAGACUAAACAUUUUACAAAGUAUAAAUAUAGUACCAUCUGUUCUCUUUGAGAAAAUAAAUGUUAAAAAUACCGACGUUUCUGCUAGAUUUGGCAAACAAUUAAAGAUAAAUAUAGGCUACAUCAUUUUGAAAACAUCAAAUUGAAAACUCUUCAAAACUCUCAUUUUAUUCAACAUUUAAGAAAGAUUAUAACUUAGAAGAAUACUUAAAUAACAUCAAAGAUCCGCCGAACCAAAGGCAAAAAAGAAUGUUCUCAAAAUUUCGUGUAAGUAACCAUAAACUAGAAAUUGAGUUCGGUCGCUAUAAAAACGUACCUAGAGAAGAGAGAUUUUGUAAAUACUGCGACAAACGUACAGUUGAAGACGAAUUUCACUUUGCAUUCGAAUGUAAUAAAUACGAGAGUUUGUGAAAUAACUUUGCACAGCAUCCUGAAAGACUAUUUUCCAAAUGAAUAUCACUGAUGAAUUAAAGAGAAAAUUAUUAAAUGAUCUUAUGUCAAUGAUUGACCCUGUGAUAACCGAUCUAUUUUCCAAGCAUGUUUCGAAAUGUUUUUAUAUCAGAGACAACAGCCCCUAAACCAGAAAUUUCUAUAUAUUAUAUUACUUUACCUUCCCUUUUCUAUUUUACACUCUUUCUAAUCCUUUCUAUUCUUAAAUUUUCAUAUUUGUAUUUGCCAUAUAUCUCCUAUUUGAUAUAUAAUUCAUGUAAAUAUAGCAGUAUAUAUUGUUUUUCGUUAGUUAAAGUAGUUUUUAUACUAGUUAACUUUAAUAUUCUUACGAUUACGCUUAGCAAUACCUGUAAUUAGGUCAUGCAAAUAAAGCUUAUUAAUACUAAUAAUAAUAAUAAAAGUACUAACCUGACUACCUUUGACUACCUUCUUUUGGUGCUUUUUUCAUAUUUCAAAGCUGCAUGGCUAUAUUUUCAUUUACACGAUUGUUUUCAAUUUUAAAUUCUUACACUUUGCCUUGAAUAUCAUGCAGAUAAUGAAUCAUAAUAAUAUAAUAAUCAUAAUAAUAUACAGAGCAGCUUCGAAAUACAGUGCCAUAAAAUGAAAUAUACAGUGCAAAAAAAAGAAAUACAGUGCAAAUUUCUUAAUUUUUUAAUUUUCUUAAUUUUCAAAUUUCUUAAUUUUCUUAAUUUCUAAAUGUGACUUAUACAUGUGACUGCAUAAUUGUUCCAUGUAUAUUACUAAUAAGUAAUAGUAUGCUUUCGAGUGCAAUAUGAAAAAAUAUACACUCGUGAGUUUUUCAAAGACUUCAAAUCAGUUGCACUCGUCCUUCGGACUCCUGCAAUUUUGAUAGUCUUUGAAAAAUUCGCUCGUGCAUAUUUUUUACAAAUUGCACUCGAAACCAUACUAUUACUAUACAAAUGAUGCAAAAUGUGGUAGGUACAGUGUAGUUUUCGAUCGGUCAAUAUUCCUUCGUAAUUAUACCUCCCAGAAAAAUUGUGUAACCAAGUAAGGUAUCUACGCGCACAAAAUUCUUGCAUUAUAAUAAUAUCUAACUUUUUUUAUCAGAAUUGUUGGUGAAGAUGAUGGAGGUGUUCUGUUCACACCAGAGCAAUAUGAGAACUACAAGAAAACUGUUGUACCAAGGAGAAUGAAGAACCGUUUAUUUGUAAGCUGGACUGAACCUAGAGGAAUGGAUUGCAAACAAGUUGGGCCAGAAACACUUUGCUUUUGUAAACACAGGUAAAAUAUAAAAUGCAGUAUUUUCUCCAAAACUCACGUACAUAAGAAGAGUUGUGGUUGGUUCUCCCCACUGUGCUUCAAAGGGUUUCUCCCGAGUCCUCCAGGCUCCAGUGUAACAGGAAAUAUGCCCCCCCCUUAAAAAUAUAUGCCCUCCCCAAGCCGAAUUUCGUAGGAAAUAUGCCCCCCCCCCCCUUUCGAAAUUUGGUUCCCCUGCAUAGAUACAGUAUUAUGUAGGCAGUAUUUAUACACCAUAUAUGUAGGCUAAUAAGUGGAUCGUUUUCAGAUAUAUUUGGACAAUGUACUGUAGAGGUAUAACAUGAUUAAAUCUAACUAAAAAUAGUGCAAGAUAAAACUAUUUCGAUAAGUUUGUCCGACCUUAGGAAAAACAGUCAAGAGAGAUUCAAGUUAGUAUUUAGUAUUUACUAACUUGCCGAUGAAAGGCCUUCGCUCGAAAAGUCAAAUUUUACUUGUAUUUUUUGGGUAGUUGAAUCCCUCUCAGUCUGCAGCUUUCUGGUGUUAUUAUCACACACUACCUAUGCUUGCACAGACCGUUAGAGUAAAUACUCUUGUGUCAAGUGUUUAUGUUUUCCUCCCUCACAAGUUUGUGCUCUGUGACCAAGCAUGCAUGGGUCGGUAUCACUCCGUAUGGUGACAGCCGAGACGCCCUUGUACGCCGACGCGCUGGGUCACGUUUGAGCUGCGUCCUUCGCAAUUCAGCAGUCAGCUGCAAGGAAAGAUGAUUGUUACCUCUUAUUUUCACUUUCACCUUAAUGAAAGAGUUUUACAUUGCCCAAGCCCAAGGGCUUGAAAUAGGUUCUCAAAUUUCCCGAUCAUGGUGAUCGGUAGUCAUAACUUUCCGUGCUUUUUCCUGGUUGAAAACCAUGUUUUCCCGCCGAUCAUAAAUGAAUCUCUUGCCGAUCAUUGAUCGGCUGCCUUGGAUUGCCACUAGCGAGGCCACUAGCCCAUGUCAUAGACUCUAACUUGAUCGCGGUUCCUGGUAGACUAUGCAUGACGUAGGCUACAUUGCCGCCUGCUGUCAAGAAAUAUGCCAGUUAAAUCAUCUUUUUCAUAGUUUGUUAGACUCGAAAUGAGUUCACUUCACUCAUUGUUUAGAUACAAACAGCACAAAACAGAUUUCGUUGAGAUUCCAAGCACUCGUCCCAUCCUUGUGCCAUGCCGUGUGUCAGGUUGUAGAUGUUCCAACUAUCAUUACGUACCGCGCAAUGGUACACAACCAAUACGCUGUACCUGUAAACAUUUCGCUGAUGACCAUUCCGAAAGUAAGCCGUAUAAAUGUCUCAAAGGAUGUUCAUGUAAGAAGUUCUGGAGCGCUUUUACUUGCAGUUGUGGUAACCCCGCACAUUCGCAUAAGGUACGUUUCUUUGCAACUGUGCAAGGGAUAACUUGCAAGCUGUUGCUUAUAAAGGAUUCAUUAAUUAUAUAGGUAUUUCAAACUAAAAUUAAGUGUCCUCCUACUGCCCUAUUGCCAUCUUUCCACUCUGCCCCCGAAUUUUGCUUUUUAUUCAUUGCUUGCAUGGUGUGCUCAUCCAAGGAUGGAUCCAGCGAGGUCUGCUGGGGAGAGGGUGCUCAUCGAGUCUUGGCCACGGAGUGGUGUGCGCCCCUCUGCACGCCCCAGUAAAUCCAUCGUUUACUGGGGCCUAAACAGUUUAAAAAUAAUUCUGCAUGACUUAUGCUCUCCAAAUGGUGUCAAAACCCUUACGGAAAGUAAACUUCUGAAUGCUAUUGUAUUUGUAAAUUAAUUGUAUCUGAAUACUAUUGUAUUUGUAAUGUAUUGUAUUUGUAUCAAUAUUACCGUUCUCCAACUCAUAAACAAUGUGAUAAUUUUUACAGACAAUCAUUGAAACGAAAUCUGAACGUGAAGCACGCGGUCACCCAGUCGGUCACGAUGUACCAUAUGCUGCUAUGGGUGGCCUCACUGGAUUUAGUUCACUAGCUGAAGGUUACAUGAGAUUGGAUGACAGCGGCAUUGGUGCACCAUCUAGGGAAUUUCUAGAAAAACCAAUAGGUACAGUUUGCAUGUUUGCAUAAUAUACAGAUGCAGAUAUUGCGCAGCACACUCCCUAUCAGGGUUUUUCAGUGACUGGUUACAUUAGAACUGGCGUGAAGUAGACCGAGGUAGACUGUGAGCUUACUGAAUGGCGCUUUAAGCAGCCGCUAUUAGUCCAUACCUCAUUAAUGAUCUAGCUGCCCCCUGACCUAUGUGUUUAACCCACCCUGUCAACUUUCUCUGUGGGAGGAAACCGGACUACCCGGAGAAAACCCAUGACUUUCGGCAGAGCGUUGACUUUUACUCCUUUCACAUGAGGACUGGGUUCGAGUCACAUCGAGAAGUUCUCACUGAGUUUGAACCUGCUACCUUAGAGGUGAAAGGCAAGCUGGUGCGCUAACCACUUGGCCACCGAAGCCCCAUAGUAUGUUACUUUCUUACUAACUUGCGAUGAGGUUGAUUCUCAAUACCUCUCCAACCAAAUGAAACUGAUAUGAGUCACAUAUGUAAGAUAAUAAGCCAGAUAGUUCUUUGAGAAGGUUAGAUUUAUUGUGGCAAUUUGAUUUCACCAAAAGAUGAUAUUAUUUUAACUGUGCUCGAGCUAUACCGUAUAUUGAUUAUUCUAAAACUUUUUUAAACUGUAGGGCCAGAGGAUCAUCCGUUUUUACGCGCACAUUCUGACAUGGCUCAGCUAUCCUUAGAGGAAAUGAAAGAUAUCCAAAAACCAGGAAUGACUAAAGAAGAAGCAGAUAUGGCUUACUUUGAGAAGCGCUAUCAAGAAAGGGUAAUGGCAUGCAGUUCCUUUUAAUUAAGAAAGCUUUAUAUGCACAGGUGGUGCAACGCCAGUAAUUUUGUUGAUCGAUGUUUUCGUGCGAAAUUCCAAGCAAAACAGACUGUAAUUUUUUCAAUUGACGGUUCCCCUUAUUACGUUUUCGUAGCGCUUUUCAUUGUGGUUAUAGUGGUAUCACUGAUAUUCAAGAUGGCUUAUUUUUUGUCCUGAUCCGUGCAAGAACUUAGGUGCGCGAUAGCCAACAGCAUAAUAUUCGCGAAAACAUUCAAUAUUUUCAUUCGAGGCCGCUAUCUUUAUCAGUGAUACCACCAUAACCACAAUGCAAAGCGCUACGAAAACGUAAUAAGGGGAAUCUAGAAUUGACAGUUUUUGAAGAUUUUUGUUUCUUAUGCCGCGAAAACACUAGUUCGGGUUUAAAAGUAAAAUAUAGCUUUUUCUGCAAUUAUGUUAUGUUAAAAAUUGUGAGAGAGAUUUAAUAUAGAAUAUUGCUCUCGCUUUACGGCCGCGAAGAUGUACUUUUACAACUACAGUAUCGUUUGUCUAUUGAAGCACCUCAGAAUGUGGAUAUGUUAAAGUGUUUUACCUUAAAAACUCAUCCUUACAUUUAUAUGUAAGGCUUCGUUCAAUGCAUAUAUUGGGUUAUAUCAGACCUGCAUGGAAACAACUGUUUCAUAUACGAAACAUUUUCCGGUAGGGUACAUUUAUAGUUUGUCGUUUGUGAAAAGUGAAAGUUUAUAUUGUUUUCAGGCUCUACUCUCUUUUUGUACUGAUCUUAGCCAAUUAGAUUAUUAGACUUUUUUCAUGAAUAUUAUGAAAAAUGGAAAUUAUCAAAUUAAGAAGAAUUUCUUUUCAUUUUAAUUUGUCUUUUUAAAUUUCAUUUAGUUAAAAGCAGAAAGGUCUCAAGCGAGGGCAAGAACACAAGCAAAGUCAAAGUCACUUCCAUCAAAGAAACGUUAAGUCCUUCUCCCUUAUUAGAAAAAUUUAUAUAAUUGUAAUAUCAAAUAUUAGAUAUCAAAUAUUAGAGGUCAAAUAUAUGUUAUUUGUUAUCGUAUGCUGGAUCUCUUGACAUCGACAAUGAUAUGAAUCGUACGUCAUUUGGGUUGUAAAUAGUUUGUACGUAUAAUAUGUGUAAAAUAUUCGUUUUUACCUUUCCAAAAUCUAAAAUUUAAAUUAUGAAUGUAAAUAUCGUAUGUGACUUCAAUAUUUAUAUUAUAUAUAUAUAAACAUGCACCACGAUUCAAUAUUCCGCGACGCUUUAUCAUUAAAUUCAACGUAACGUUUCAUGUUAUUGAUUUCAGCUGAUACAGUCAGAAGUUACAAAAAAAUGAAUGAAACAACUGUUAUUGUGUCCUUUAUUCCCAAGCUGCUCAUCUAUUUCGAAUUUUGCGGGUCCUUCUUUUGACUGGGGGUUUUACCAUAUCGCUCAGGGUAAUUCUCAUUGCGGCGUUGAUCCACUAAUGAUUCCAUUGUGAUGACACCGUUUGUUUAUGUUCACUCCAAAACCGCAACCUGGUUGCAGAACGAUUAGCUAUAAUAAAUGUCCGUUCUGCUGAUAUCCUAGAUUAGAUGGUCCUUCGUAAGAAGAUUUAAUGUUUCUUCUGUCAACAUUCU